CCGCACCCAGUGCGCAGCUGGGCCAGAGAACCGCGCAUCCUUUCGGCGCGGGCCGGAAGGGCCCCUGCGGUCGGCAAGCUGGCUCCCCGGGUGGCCACGGGGACCCCCGAGCCCAAUGGCGGGGGCGGCAGCAAAAUCGACAGCACUGUAGAGAUCACCCCCAGCACCAACGGACAGGUCGGGACUCUCGGAGAUGCGGUGCCCACGGAGCAGCUGCAGGGUGAGCGGGAGCGCCAGCGGGAGGGGGAGGGCGACGCGGGCGGCGACGGACUGGGCAGCAGCCUGUCGCUGGCCGUGCCCCCAGGCCCCCUCAGCUUUGAGGCGCUGCUCGCCCAGGUGGGGGCGCUGGGCGGCGGCCAGCAGCUGCAGCUCGGCCUCUGCUGCCUGCCCGUGCUCUUCGUGGCGCUGGGUUUGGCCUCCGACCCCAUCUUCACGCUGGCGCCCCCACUGCAUUGCCACUACGGAGGCUUCCCUCCCAAUGCCUCCGGCUGGGAGCAGCCCCCAAAUGCCAGCGGCGUCAGCGUCGCCAGCGCGGCCCUAGCAGCCAGCGCCGCCAGCCGCGUCGCCACCACCAGUACGGACCCCUCGUGCAGUGGCUUCGCCCCGCCGGACUUCAACCAUUGCCUCAAGGACUGGGACUAUAAUGGCCUGCCGGUGCUCACCACCAACGCCAUUGGCCAGUGGGAUCUGGUGUGUGACCUGGGCUGGCAGGUGAUCCUGGAGCAGAUCCUCUUCAUCUUGGGCUUUGCCUCCGGCUACCUGUUCCUGGGUUACCCCGCAGACAGGUUUGGCCGGCGUGGGAUUGUGCUGCUGACCUUGGGGCUGGUUGGCCCCUGCGGAGUGGGAGGGGCUGCUGCAGGCUCCUCCACAGGCGUCAUGGCCCUCCGAUUCCUCCUGGGCUUUCUGCUUGCCGGAGUUGACCUGGGUGUCUACCUGAUGCGCCUGGAGCUGUGCGACCCAACCCAGAGGCUUCGGGUGGCCCUGGCAGGGGAGUUGGUGGGGGUGGGGGGACACUUCCUGUUCCUGGGCCUGGCCCUUGUCUCUAAGGACUGGCGAUUUCUGCAGCGAAUGAUCACCGCUCCCUGCAUCCUAUUCCUGUUUUACGGCUGGCCUGGUCUGUUUCUGGAGUCCGCUCGGUGGCUGAUCGUGAAGCGGCAGAUCGAGGAGGCUCAGUCUGUGCUGAGGAUCCUGGCUGAACGAAACCGCCCCCACGGGCAGAUGCUGGGGGAGGAGGCCCAGGAGGCUCUGCAGGAUCUGAACGAGGCUGCCAUCACCACUUUCUCUGUCCUUGGGCUCUUCUCCUCCCAAGCUGCUGCCAUCCUCAGCACCCUACUUGCUGCUGAAAUUAUCCCUACCACUGUCCGGGGCCGUGGCCUGGGCCUGAUUAUGGCACUGGGGGCACUUGGGGGGCUGAGUGGCCCGGCCCAGCGCCUCCACAUGGGCCACGGAGCCUUCCUGCAGCAAGUGGUGUUGGCGGCCUGUGCCCUCCUCUGCAUUCUCAGCAUUAUGCUUCUGCCGGAGACCAAGCGCAAGCUCCUGCCGGAGGUGCUCCGGGAUGGGGAGCUUUGUCGCCGGCCUUCCCUGCUGCGGCAGCCACCCCCUAACCGCUGUGACCACGUCCCGCUGCUUGCCACCCCCAACCCUGCCCUCUGAGCAGCCUCUGAGCACCCUGGCGGGAGGCUGGCCCACACAGAAAGCUAGGUAGGGCCCUGGCGAGGAGGUCGGGAAGGCUGAGUGAGGAAGGCAGGGCUGCCCAGAAGGCUCAGAGGCACCUCACGCCAGCCAAGGAGAGCUCAGAGGGCUGUCCCCACCCCCAUCUCCUCCCUGCUGCUUCGUGUUCACUUCCUCAGCAAGAGUCAGGGGACAGGGAGAGAGCUCCACACUGUAACCACUGGGUCUGGGCUCCAUCCUGUGCUCAAAGACAUCCACCCAGACCUCAUUCUUUCUUGCUCUAUCAUUCUGUUUCAAUAAAGACAUUUUGAAUAAAUGAGCA